UGUUUCGUCUGAAUUGAAAGCAUUACGACGCGUAGCCAUGACGUCACGGGCCUAGCCAGGGUUUUUUUUUUAUCAGAGUAAAGCUCGUGCGAGCAUCGCCGUGGAAAACAAAUCUGCUGGACGUGACAAAAAAAAAGACAAAAAUGGGGAUCGAAGAGGAAGCUGAUCGAACGCUUUUUAUCAGGAACUUGGAUGCACGGGUGACAGAGGAGCUUUUAUUCGAACUGUUCUUGCAGGCAGGACCUCUGAUCAGAACAAAGAUCCCUAAAGACACGGAUGGCAAGCAGAAGACUUUCGGUUUCGCUGUGUACAAAGACGAAGUGUCGGUGCCCUACGGCAUGCAGCUGCUUGACGGCUCGUCGUUGUUCGGAAGAACCAUACAUGUGCAGUUCCGCUCAGGUAGCAGUCAUAGCAAUAGUACGGGAAAUUCAAGUCCGACAAGCACCCCAAAUCCCCACGGCUUGAGGAUGCCACCCCAGUUCACCUGUCCAGCCUCCAUGCAAAGGUCCUUUUCGUCUCCUGACAAUCUGCUGAAGCAUGCCAUGAUGAACAUGAUGUGUCAGCAGCCGGACGGCCUCUCUUCCAAGCAGAGGCACCCGCCUGCAGGGGGCGGAGGCAACUUUAGGCAGCACGACGGCAACCCCAGCCGGCCCUACCCAUCCCAGACCGACAGCUGCAGGAGAAACCAGCGCUACCCGGACGACUCGGGCCACCAUCAGCAGCACAGGAACAACUACCAGCACCAGCACCAGAAUGCCUGGGGGGGCGGCAACCGUCAGGGCGGCAACAGGCAUUACGACGACAGGGGCGGUAACCGUGAUUACCAAGAUAGCAGGUGGAGACGGUACUGAUGCAAAGAAAUCAUCCCGAAAAAAGGACUUCUUUAUGUGAUCACUUGGACAUUUUCUAGCAUACUCAGGUUGUUUUCUACAUGACCCCAGAAGGGUUAGCAUCUUAACAUUUUUUUUUUUGCUUUACUUUUACAGUGUUUUUAAAUUUAUACUUAAUCAGGCCAAGGACAAUAAUGUUAGACAAAAAAGAGCCUUUUGGUCUGCUUUUAUAUCAGCUAUUUAAUUGGUGCGCAGAGUAGCUACGUAAUGUUCAGGUAUAAAAAAAAUAAAAUAAUAAUGUAUAUCUACCAGCACCACUUUUUUCCUCUAAAUAUCUUUAAUUUUUUAAAUCUUGGUUUUGUAAGACCAUUUUGGAAUGUUUUAACUGACCAUUAUGAUUAUAAAAGAUCUUUUGACU